AUGCCUCAGCUGCCGUCGCCCGGCGGCGGCGGGGGGAGCGGCAGCGACGACUUGGGCGCCCCGGACGAGCUCAUCCCCUUCCAGGACGAAGGCGACGAGCAGGACAAGGGCGCCGGGGGGCGCGGCUCGGCCCACGGGGACUUGGACGAGCUCAAGUCGUCGCUGGUGAACGAGUCGGAGAACCGCGGCGGCGGCGGCGGCAGCGCCUCAGGCUCCGACUCUGAGGCAGAGAGGCCGCCUCAGCAACCUCGGGAAAACUUCCAGAAGCCCCGGGACUCUUUAUCCGAAGCAAUCAGAAGACAGCAGGAUGGAGGUUUUUUUAAAGGGACUCCCUAUCCAAGUUAUCCCUUCUUGAUGAUUCCAGAGCUAGGAAGCCCCUACUUGCCCAAUGGAGCCUUGUCCCCAAGUGGUGCUCGCACAUAUCUGCAGGUGAAGUGGCCGCUACUUGAUGUACCAGCUGGAGCUACACUGAAGGAUGCAAGAUCUCCCUCUCCUGCACACUUAUCAAACAAAGUUCCUGUGGUGCAACACCCACAUCAUAUGCACCCACUGACGCCACUUAUCACCUACAGCAAUGACCACUUCUCGCCAGGCUCCCCACCUUCUCAUCUUUCUCCAGAGAUUGACCCCAAAACAGGAAUUCCACGACCACCUCACCCUUCAGAACUGUCUCCUUAUUACCCAUUGUCUCCCGGCGCCAUUGGCCAAAUUCCUCAUCCCUUGGGGUGGCUUGUACCACAGCAAGGACAGCCAGUAUAUUCCAUUCCUCCAGGUGGGUUCAGACACUCAUACCCUGCCUUGGCUAUGAAUGCCUCAAUGUCCAGCUUAAUAUCCAGCAGGUUUUCUCCACACAUGGUUCCUCCUCCUGCUCAUGGACUUCAUCCCUCAGGAAUCCCACAUCCCACCAUUGUGUCACCCAUAGUUAAACAAGAGCCCACACAGCCCAGCUUGAGCCCUGAAGGGAACUCAAAAACGCCUGUCAUUGUCAAAAAGGAAGAGGAGAAGAAACCCCAUAUAAAGAAACCUCUGAAUGCGUUCAUGUUGUACAUGAAGGAGAUGCGAGCCAAGGUGGUGGCAGAGUGUACACUGAAGGAGAGCGCAGCUAUCAAUCAGAUCCUAGGAAGAAGGUGGCAUUCGUUGUCUCGUGAGGAGCAAGCCAAAUACUAUGAACUAGCUCGGAAGGAGAGACAGCUUCAUUCUCAGCUAUACCCUACCUGGUCUGCACGCGAUAACUAUGGUAAGAAAAAGAAGAGAAAAAGAGAGAAACAACCUCAACAGCAAAUCCAAGAAACAGGAAAUUCUGUGGCCUCAAAGAAUAAGAAGCCAUGUGUGCAGUACCUGUCUGCUGAGAAAUCCUGUGACAGCCCUGCAUCCUCUCAUGGCAGCAUGCUAGAUUCUCCAGCCACCCCCUCUACAGCAUUGGCAUCGCCUGCAGCUCCUGCUGCCACCCAUUCUGAACAGGCUCAGCCCCUCUCCCUCACCACCAAACCCGAGGCCAGAGCCCAGCUGUCUCUGCACUCAGCUUCUUUCCUAUCAAGCAAAGCUGCCGCCUCUUCCUCUAGCUUGACUAGCCAGUCAUCACUCCUCUCUAGACCCCUCCCAUUCUCCUCAAUUGCCUCCACAGCUCUCCUGACCACGCCUCCUUCCUUUGCAGCCAUUCCUUCUCCUCAGGCUGCCUUGGCUAUGUUGCAGGCGCAACCGCUGUCCUUGGUAACCAAACCGACUGACUGAGGAAAACUCCCAUCCUGCAUCCCUGCUGAAGCCACAAUUGAGAUUACAAAGCAAAUAAGCCAUUUAUUGGUCAAUAUUUGACCCUUUCGGAACUCUUCCAUAAGGUGACUCUUGAGGAAGAAGGUGCUCUACUCUCGGAGUUGUUUUCAGUAGUCUGUCUAAAGACUAUUUUUUUAUUUU